UCAAAUGCGAGCAGUAUUGAGAUGUCUACUGCUCUGUCUGCAUUGAGCACACAUCAACAGGAGUUUGAGAGGGACCCUGAUAACUUGUCAAACCUACUAGGUUAUGUCAAUUUGUUGUCUGCUCUAAAGAAACAGGCUGUGUCCGCACAGAAGGAGUUGACACCUCCACCAUCACCAUCCAACAACAUGACGACAGUGUCACCAUCAACGACACCAACAUCUGUUCACAGACAUACAACAACUCCUCACAACGUAAACAACGUCAUAUUAAACAAUAAUAAUAGCAACAACAACAACAACAACAACAACAAUGCCAACCAAGUAUUCAUUUACUUGGAUCGACUGAAGAAGUCACCAUUCAUUGCCAACGACCUGUUUGAGGUGUCAUCAAACACGGUCGUCUUUCGCCCCGUUCAAAGACAUGAUCAUUAUCCUCCUGUCUCCACUCGUCUCCCUCCAACGCCACCUCCACGAUUCAAUCAAGGCAUCUAUUCACUCUACAACAACUCCACCUCAUCAUCAUCAUCGACAUCAUCAACAUUCAUGCCAACUUCAUCUUCGACACUCUUGCCAUCGCCACCACAAUCAUCCAACGUCAACAACAGCAGUAAAGACUUGUGGGGCAACAGUACUGUCAAGAACGAAACGAUAUCAGACUAUGCACUAUCCUUUGACUCAACAAAGGAGUCGCUGUCGACCUCUCAGAUGUCGAUACCAAUCGUCACAACAAGGCUGGUGGCGAACAACACGAUUGAAGUGAACGGCGCCAACCAGCUGUUCGGGUCGUCCACUUCGCGUCUCAACUCAUUCGCAGGCAUCAUCGAUUCAUCACCUCAGCAACAGUCACCACUGUUCAACUAUAUAUCCGAGGACACCAGUCCCCUGUUCAAGCCACAGGAUCAUCUCAUGUCGGAGGACUCGUCGACACUACCGCUGCACUUACAGCAGCAACAACAACAGCAACAGAUGACAAAACUACAGAUACCAAACCGACCAGACGUUCGACAUAAUCCCAACACAUUCUCACUCACACGAUCAUCAGAGGGCAUCACCACGCAGACCCUAUCGAGCCUACAGAACCUACAACUAUCACCGAUCAUGGAGUCGGUGGUGGAGCCACCAAAAGCCCGCAAUUGGUCAUUGGAGUUCUGGAAGGCCUUGCAAAUGGAGCACAACUGUGGCGUUGAGAACUUGAUGAGAAGCCAAACCAUUCAGAAGAUAGCAGAGGAGUUUGUACAGGUGGCGACUAAGCAUGGCAUUACGAUCAUCAAGGAACGUGGCAUGCUCUCGGGCUCACACUCCAUCCCUCCAAUCGAUGUUGGAGGAGUUGCAGGCGGACAAAAGUUCUUGAAGGAUGGCAUCUUUUACAAGUUUGCCUUUGACGUCUAUGGUAUCUAUGGCGGCGACGCCUACGCUAUGAAGGCAGCGGGUCACGAACUCAAAGGCCUGAUGGGCUACUUCAAUUGCAAUGUGGAGGGACUUUACCUGCCACUGAUGGCUCUGAUCGACUACAUGGGCUACCGACUGAUUGCCACCAGCCACUUGGCAAUUGGCACCUCCACACUGGUCUAUGGAUCGGACGACCAGGGCGAGCAUGUGCACGACGACAAUCCAAUGAUGUCCCAAAAGAUGAAACAGGCAGCAGAGAUCAUGAACCUGAAAGGACACUAUACUGGUCAGGCAAACAAGCGCUUCCUUUAUGGCCCAUGCGACAUUGAGGGCCACAUCACACUAGAUGGUCACUGUGUGGUGAUCGACACGGCACGCAUCUUCCCACCCGAGAAGCCCACGCCCGAAAGACUGGGCGCGCACCUAUACUACCUACUGCGGCCAGAGUUGGUGCGCACCAACAAGGUACCUCUGAGCUCGGAUGCCUUCACCAAGUUCAGUGGUCAGGACAAGGAGCGCAACAACGAAGAGGUGGAACGAGCACAAAAGAGGCUAUUCUUCCAGAUUAUUCCAAACUUUGUAUUGACCUGUAAUCAAAAAAUUAAGAAGAUCAAGUCAGUGACUAUUAUGGAACUUGCACAUCAGCUGUCAUUGAUUGAUAGCAUGCACCGUGAGGGCAUCAACGUGCGAUACCUGAGUAGAUUGAAGACGACAGAGGUCUAUGGAUUGGAUCCAAGAUUGACCACGAUCAUCAACACAGAGAUCAUCGCCAGACGCAUCAAGAAUCAGCUGCGCGAGCUCCAACGCGAGACGAUGGCGGGCACACCAGACAUUAGCGCCAUCGUCAAGUUCCUCAACCGAACGUUUGUCAUCUCGCUGUUGCAGGCGAUUGACAUUGACGGCUUCUCGCUGGAGCUGCUCAUCCACCGUCUGUCCCAGAUGACAGGUAUUGAGUUCAGUGACAGUCUGGCCAAGCGCAUGGAGGACACGUCCUAUCUCAUGACCGAGGAUGACAUUACCCGCAUUCAACCAAAGGUUAAAUUCCUACACAUGGUUCCCUAUCAGCAGGGUGUCUCGCUGUUCCAUCAAGCGAUGGCCAUCAUCACCAAUGCAUCGUCCAACGGAAACAACAACAACAUAGUCAACAACAAAGACAACAAGAACAACAAUGACAACAAAGACAACAAAGACAACAAAGACAACAAAGACAACAAGGAUAACAACAACAUAGUCAACAACAACAACAAUAGUAGUCAGAUAGACUACCUUUUCAAACAGGCUGCAGACAAGUUCUCACAGGCAGUGCAGUCCAAGCCUGAUGACUUUGAAAUCUUGACACAUUGGGGAAUGCUACAGAGUCUGCGAGCCAAAGCCAUACUGAACAAUGCCAAGGCCAACAACAAGGGCAAGCUCACGGGCGAGGUCAAGAGCGAGGCCUACAAGCUGUACGAUGUGGCCAUUGAGAAGUUCAAACAGGCGGUCAGGAUCAAGCGUAACUACCACUAUGCGCUCUACCAGUGGGCAGAGGUGUUGCGUAGUCAGGCCGCAAUCAAUCCAAGCAAAGCUCGUGUGCUUGAGCUGCGCGCCAAACACAAGCUGCGCGAUGCCGGUGUCUUUGACAAGAAGUGGUUCUUUGGCACGCUCGAGACCAAUGGUGCCGCCUCGCUCCUGUCAGGCAAGGAGGCAGGAUCGUUCAUUAUACGAAACAGCAACAGUCGACCAGGCAGCUUUGUUUUCUCCUACCUCUCCGAUCCCAAUCGCAAGAUCAUGCACUCAAUCAUCAGAUCAUCAUCACAAGGUUACUUUGCAGAGAACUUGCCUGCAAGAAAGGUAGUUGAGGAAGAUGAGAAUCUUUCAAGUAGUGCCAAUGGCAGCAGUGGCGGCAGCAGUUCAUCAACAUCGUCAUCAUCAUCGUCUUCGAAACAGAGCCUAAAGUACAAUGAGUCUGGCACGAGCAUGCUUGCAUCGAACCCCUCACAAUCAUCAUCGUCAGGUGCCGCCAACAAGUCCAUCUAUCAGACGCUCGAGGACUUUGUCUCUGACAAGAUCAAGCAAGGUUACCUUCCAAUCACUCAGUCCUAU